AGACAGACUUUGUGCCAGAUCCUAUUUGACUCCAGUGAUCUCUGCAUCUUCCUAAAGUGGUGAGAUCCAAAUCCGCACAGAAAGAUGCAAACUGUGGUUUUGACUUUGUGCUUGGUGGUCGUGGCGUUGGCCAGUCCCCUUCGAAAAGCCAGAGACCUGGAGAGUGGCAGUCGGGAGAAUUACUAUCGUUAUUAUGGACAGUUUUAUCCACCUUUAUACAGACCUUAUUAUCCUUUUCAGCCUGGAUACCCCAGGCUACCAGUCAGUCCAUUUUACCCCAUCUAUCCCCAAUUCCCUGGCUACUUCCCAAGCUACAACAAACUCCCUCAGUAUCCAAACUUCCCUCAGUAUCCAAACUAUGGACCUGUAUAUAAUGGGUUUUCAAGGAAUUCCAAUUCCGAACUCUCCAAGAUAAAGGAAGAUAAUAUUGUGGGACAAGGUGAUCCACAAGAAUAUUCUGUGCUAAGCAAUCCUAGACCUCUCAGCAUAAGUUCUGAGGUUUCAUUUGAAGAUUCAAGCAGUAUGGAAUAUACUGAUUUCAUGCCCUACGAGAAUGUCCCAUACGGUGGGCCGGGUUAUGAGGUCCCUGGAGAUCCAGAUAAUGAGGAACCGUUCGCACCAGAUAACGAGGACGCCUUUCUACCAGAUAAUGAAGAUUCCUUUUUACCAGGUAAUGAGGGACCUUUCACACCAAGUGUUGAUCCCAACGCUCUGGAUGUUGGGGUUGAACAGGAAUCGGAGACUGGUGUUUCGAAUCCGGAGCAACCUCUUCUCCCAUACACUGACUCUGUGCAAGGAGGGGACCCAUUGGGCUCAAACGUUGAAGAUGAUUCUGUGAUCAGUGAGAGCCACAAGGGGCUGAACCAACAAAACACAAUCUCUGAACCAACCGAAUUGGACGUGACCCAUGAUGGAACCAUGAAUAAUGAACAAUUUGCCAAUCAGCAAAUGUCAAAUGGAAAUUUGGAUGAAGAUGAUCAAACUGAAGAGGAUGAGGCUUGGAAUGUUGGUUUCAGUUUAGUGGAUGUGGACUCAAUUGGCCUUUCCAAUGAUUAUGACAUUGAUGGAAUUGAAGAAGCUGAUUCCAAUGAGGAGGAUAAUGACGAGGAAUCAAAUGAAGAUGACAGUGAACAAAAUGAAGCCGAGGACAAUAAUCCCUACCUGGUCCUCCAGGAUGCUGAUUAACUGAAUUAAAGGAGAUGGUGGACGUAAGGUUUGGUUCCUUGUCCAUGUUCUAGUCUUUGCUCUAUUCAACGUGGUGCUGAUGGACAGUUCUGGUCACUUUCAUGACUGCACGUGUUAUAGAAGGGAGCACUUUUCUUUUUACAGCUUAAAGACACUUAUUUUAUUCGGGGCAUAAGGUUUAUGGUGUUGUAUGGAUUACAUUAAUCAAAGUUCUGAACAGUUCCUCAUCAACACCCUCAAGAUUCUACCAAGGUGGUUCUACAUCUAAAAAAUCCUAAAUAAUAAUGAACUUGCACACAACUACUUUUCAGCAUUUUUGAGAUGUGGGGUUGCUAGCAUUUACUGUUCAUCCCGAGUUACAUUUGAGAAGGUAGGGAUGAGCUGCCUUCUUAAACCACUGCAGUCCAUGUGCUGUAAGUAGACCCACAAUGCCCCUUAAGAAGGGAAUUCCAGGAUUCUGACCCACUGACACUGAAGGAACAGUGAUAUAUUUCCAAGUCAGGACGGUGAGGGGCUUGGAGAGGAACUUGCAGGGGGUGGUGUUCCCAUGUAUCUGCUGCUCCUUGUCCUUCUAGAUGGAAAUGAUCUUGGUUUUGGAAGUCCUGUUAAAGGAGCAUUGGUGGCUUACUACAGUCAAAUUAACUUUUAAAUAUUAGGGCACAUCUGUUUUAUGUAGCAUUUAAUGUUAAGGCAAUCAAAGAAAUAUGAUAUUAAGGACAUAGACAUUGUAUCACCCAGUGCUGACCCGUUGAUCUGUACAUGUUUAUAUUAUCUGUAUAUCGGCAUACCUGUGAGAGAUAAAAGGCUUUAAAAUGUUAUUCUAAUGAAUAGGACUUGUUUGUGUAGAUUGCUUGUAUCUGCUCUUGUUGAAUCU